CUCCACCCGAUAGAUCCGAGUUAUUCGAAACCUUGUUUUGAGUUUUGUUGAUCCGCGACUAAAAUUGAAAGUGUUUUAAAUGGGGUAUGGUUUACUGGGGUUUGUGGUAUGGUUUAUUAUUGAUUUACUGAUUGUGAGGUUAAAAAAUGGAUCGAAAAUACCAGAGAGUGGAGAUGGGGGUGGGUGCGUUUCAUCACCCACCGAGAGCAAAAUACAGCGAGGAAACGAAGAAUUUGAUCAAACUUCUAAUGGAAGAAUCCAAAGUGAGUAUGAUGAAAAGAAAAUCUAUCGAAGAAGCGAUUAACAAAGGUGAAUGCUUGCCAGCUGCUGUGGAAAGAUCGGAAACAGGAUCGAAUAAGCAUAAUUGGAUAUCAGGUAAAAUUGAUAAGUUAAAAUUAACGGGGAACAAGAAAAUGAAAUUGAUAAAAUCUAUGUAGGUUUUAAUGCCUACCGUUUGGAAGAAACGAUCGCAAGAUACGAUUAUUAAAAGCGGCGCGUAUGAGAGGGAACAAUAUAGAAGAACGUCUCCUUUACGUAAUACAGAAAAGCAAAAGCGUCAUUUGGCAUGCAUGAUGGCGUAUGGAAAGGACAUGCCAGAAACUCCUCGUGGCCCAAGGAUUCUUCAUAAAGCGAGACGAGAACCACACUUUCCUGAUACCAGUGAUCCCAUCGAUGAUUUGGUUCGUGGAAUUCAAGAAAGAAUGGAGUUUUUAAGCGACAUGGAAUGUCUUGGAAUGGGGAAAAAAUAUCGUCUUACAAUACAACAAGAAAUAGCGCAUAAAUUACGAUUGAUCGAAUCUGUAGACAAGCAGAGAUCGAAGGAAAUUCGAAAAGAGAUCAGAGAACUCGAAAGACCAUUGCCAAAACCAUUUCCUUUAGGACAGCUAGAUGACAAUUAAUAAUUUUUAUAAUUCACGACCUUUUACACUUAACCAAUUUAUAUUUUUUAUAAAGUUUACAGAACAUAUAUUAUACAGUAUUUUAGAUAAACCAAGCGAUAGGUAUAAUAAAAUAACAAAACGUCAAUAAUACUACUACUACUAUUAUUCUACUUAUAUAAAACUGUCGGAGGACAAGCGAUUCGUAUAAAUAGAAUUCACAUUUUUUGUUCAUAUAAUGGACAGUAUGUUCAUAUAAUUAGAUACUGACUAAAAUUUUAAUUAAAUAAAUGGAAUUUUACGAUGUUUUUACACAAGUUUUUCAUAUUUCGAUAAUUUACAAUUUCAAUUUAUAUGUAUAGACGUACAUACUCGAUA